AGAAAAGAAAAAGAAAAAGCAGGAAGAAAAGAAAAAGAAGGAAGGUGCUCAGAAAAAGGCUGCUGAUCAAAAAACCAAAGUGCCAGAACCUACUAAGACCUGUUCAAGCCAGCCCCAACCUGCCGGUACCAGUACCAGCACUUGCACCAGCACUCUGUCCAGCAGCAGCAAUGGCAAACGCGCAUCUGCCAGCAGCCAGCAGCCAGCUGCGUCCCGUUACCUGCCUCGUGAGGUGCCUCCACGCUUCCGCCAGCAAGAACAGAAGCAGCUGUUAAAGAGAGGCCAGCCAUUGCCUGCAGGGGCUCUGGCCAGUGUGAGCCCGACCCAGGGUGCUGGGCCUGCAGGGGUAAGCCCUCCUCCCCUCCCUGGAGCCGGCGCACAGCAGCAUCCCAGUAAGCUCCAACCAGAUCUCAGUCACGGUGGAUUGGCAGAUCACUAUGAAAGUUCCCACUGGGGACAGCAGCCCACGUACAGAGGUGAAACCAGCAGCAGCUGGGAUAAAGUGAUAAUAGACAGGACUGACAAGGAGGCGUGGCCUUCCAUCACAGGAGCAGAGACUGAAUCUGCCUCAGAAUGUACUACAGACACUGACUCUGCCUCCAACUGUGGCUCAGAGAACAGUAGCAUGGCUACGGGGAGUGCCCAGGGCACCUUCACUGGACAUACCAAGAAGACAAAUGGCAAUAAUGGCACCAACGGUGCGCUCGUCCAAAGCCCUUCUAAUCAGAGUGCCCUUGGAGCAGGGGGCGCCAACGGUAAUGGAAAUGGAGCCAGAGUGUGGGGCGUAGCCACAGGCUCCAGCUCCGGCCCAGCUCACUGCUCCCUCAGCGGUGGGGAUGGAAAAAUGGACAACAUGAUCGGAGAUGGGAGAAGUCAGAAUUGCUGGGGGGCUUCCAACUCCAACACUGGCAUUAAUCUUAACCUUAAUCCUAAUGCCAACCCAGCUGCCUGGCCUGUACUUGGACAUGAAGGAACUGUGGCCACAGGCAACCCUUCCAGUAUUUGCAGUCCGGUCAGUGCCAUAGGUCAAAAUACGGGCAACCAGAACGGGAACCCAACAGGCACUUUAGGUGCUUGGGGAAACUUGCUGCCGCAAGAGAGCACAGAACCACAAACGUCCACUUCUCAGAAUGUGUCUUUCAGCGUACAACCUCAGAACCUUAACACUGAUGGACCAAAUAACACUAACCCCAUGAACUCUUCACCAAACCCUGUCAAUGCAAUGCAGACAAACGGACUGCCAAACUGGGGCAUGGCUGUCGGUAUGGGGGCCAUCAUCCCGCCCCACCUGCAGGGCCUUCCUGGUGCUAACGGAUCAUCAGUUUCUCAAGUCAGUGGGAGCGGUGGUGAAGGAAUCAGCAGUUCUGUGUGGGGACUGUCCCCAGGUAACCCUGCCACAGGAAGUAGCAAUUCUGGGUUCAGUCAGGGGAAUGGAGACACUGUGAACUCAGCGUUGAGUGUUAAGCAGAAUGGAUCCAGCAGUGCUGUGCAGAAGGAAGGAAGUGGAGGAAGCGCCUGGGACUCCGGCCCUCCUGCUGGUCCUGGACUCCUCGCCUGGGGACGAGGCAGUGGCAACAACAGCAGCGUCAGUCAUAUCCAUUCGGGGGCUUGGGGCCACCCCAGCCGGAGCACCUCUAACGGUGUGAAUGGGGAAUGGGGCAAGCCCCCAAACCAGCAUUCCAACAGUGACAUCAAUGGGAAAGGAUCAGCAGGGUGGGACAGUCCGAGCGUUAGCAGCCAGAAUCCUGCCAUGCAGCCUGGCAGUGAACACAUGAACUCUUGGGCCAAAGCUGCGUCUUCUGGAACGACAGCGAGUGAAGGAAGUAGCGACGGUUCUGGCAGUCACAAUGAAGGAAGCUCCGGGAGGGAAGGUGCAGAAGGCCGAAGGCGAGAUAAAGGGGUGAUAGACCAAGGGCACAUCCAAUUGCCAAGGAACGAUCUUGACCCAAGAGUUCUGUCUAAUACUGGCUGGGGACAGACUCCAGUAAAGCAAAACACUGCCUGGGAAUUUGAAGAGUCCCCUAGGUCUGAGAGAAAAAAUGACAAUGGGACAGAGGCCUGGGGCUGUGCCGCUACUCAGCCUUCAAACUCAGGGGGGAAGAGUGAUGGGUCCAUCGUGAACAGUACAAAUACCUCUUCAGUGUCCGGGUGGGCCAGCGCACCGCCGGCUGCUGGGUCAGCAAACACAGGCUGGGGAGACAGCAGCAACAAAGCGCCAAAUGGCCCAGGGGUUUGGGGGGACUCGAUAAGCUCUACUGCUGUUAAUAAUGCUGCUGCUGCCGCCAAGAGUGGCCAUGCUUGGAGUGGGACCGUAAAUCAGGAGGACAAGUCGCCUACCUGGGGGGAGCCUCAGAAACCCAAAUCUCAAAACUGGGGAGACGGACAAAAAUCCAAUCCAGCCUGGAAUGCAGGAGGGGGAGAUUGGGCCGAUUCGUCUUCUGUCCUCGGACACUUGGGGGAUGGGAAAAAAAAUGGCUCUGGAUGGGAUGCUGACAGUAAUCGGUCAGGGUCUGGUUGGAAUGAUACUACCAGGUCUGGGACCAGUGGCUGGGGUAAUGGCACAAAUGCAAAGGUGAAUGCAGGGACAAACUGGGGAGAGUCUUUAAAACCUGGCCCCCAACAGAACUGGGCGGGCAAACCCCAAGACAACAAUGUGAGUAACUGGGGAGGAGCCGCUUCCGUUAAACAGACAGGAACUGGGUGGAUCGGGGGGCCAGUCCCUGUCAAACAAAAGGACAGCAGUGAGGCCACGGGCUGGGAGGAACCUUCUCCACCAUCCAUUCGACGCAAAAUGGAAAUUGAUGAUGGUACCUCAGCUUGGGGUGACCCAAGCAACUACAACAAUAAAACUGUAAACAUGUGGGAUAGAAACAACCCAGGCAUGCAGAGCAGUACCACGGCCGCCGCCGCCGCCGCCGCCGCCGCCACGAGCAGCAGCUCGGACGUGGUCGAGACGCCCCCGCCGCACCAGGCCGGCGCCCAGCUGAGUCGGUCGCCGCUGCUCGGUCCAGUCUCAGCGGGCUGGGGAGAGAUGCCUAAUGUCCACUCAAAGGCUGAGAGCUCUUGGGGAGAGCCGUCCUCCCCCUCCGCCCUGGUUGACAACGGAACCGCAGCAUGGGGCAAGCCGCCCAGCAGUGGCAGCGGAUGGGGGGACCAGCCCGCGGAGCCACCGGUGACAUUUGGGAGAGCCAGCGCCCCCACUGCCACCCCAGCCCUGUGCAAACCAGCUUCAAAAUCUAUGCAAGAAGGCUGGGGCAGUGGUGGGGACGACAUGAACCUUGGCACCAGUCAGUGGGAAGAUGAAGAAGGGGGCAUGUGGAAUAAUGCUGCUUCCCAAGAAAGCACCUCCUCCUGCAGUUCCUGGGGGAACGCCCCCAAAAAAGGACUCCCAAAGGGCAUGAAAACAUCUGGCAAGCAGGACGAGGCCUGGAUCAUGAGCCGGCUGAUGAAACAACUCACAGACAUGGGCUUCCCGAGAGAGCCAGCUGAAGAGGCCUUGAAGAGUAACAAUAUGAAUCUUGACCAGGCCAUGAGCGCCCUGCUGGAAAAGAAGGUGGACGUGGACAAGCGUGGACUGGGAGUGACCGACUACAAUGGAGUGGUCACCAAAGCCCUUGGCUGCCGCCCACCAGUCUCCAAAGACUCUUCCGGGGACCGCCCCACCUUUCUCGACAAGGACGGCGGCCUAGUGGAAGAGCCCACGACUUCACCGUUUUUGCCUUCACCAAGCCUGAAGCUCCCCCUUUCAAACAGUGCACUCCCUAAUCAGGCCCUGGGUGGGAUUGCCUCAGGGCUGGGCAUGCAAAACUUGAAUUCUUCUAGACAGGUGGGACCCGCGGCGACUCGGAUGGGCGUUGUGUGUGUCUGUGCCGCUCGACGUCACUGUUUGAAAGUUCAAGCACAGCUUUUGCAGUUUGCAGCAAAAAACAUUGGUCUCAACCCUGCACUAUUGACCUCGCCAAUCAAUCCUCAGCAUAUGACGAUGUUGAACCAGCUCUAUCAGCUGCAGCUGGCAUACCAACGUUUACAAAUCCAGCAGCAGAUGCUACAGGCUCAGCGUAAUGUUUCCGGACCCAUGAGACAACAGGAGCAGCAAGUUGCGCGCACAAUCACUAACCUGCAGCAGCAGAUCCAGCAGCACCAGCGCCAGCUGGCCCAGGCCCUGCUCGUGAAGCCGCCGCCGCCCCCGCCGCACCUGUCUCUGCACCCCUCUGCAGGCAAAUCGGCCAUGGACAGCUUCCCCCCCCACCCCCAGGCCCCCGGCCUGCCCGACCUGCAGACCAAAGAGCCACAGUCUUCUCCCAGCACCUUUGCUCCUUACCCUCUCGCUGGACUGAACCCAAACAUGAAUGUCAACAGCAUGGACAUGACUGGUGGUUUGUCAGUGAAGGACCCAUCUCAGUCCCAGUCACGCCUCCCUCAGUGGACACACCCCAACCCGAUGGACAACUUACCCGGUGCUGCUUCUCCCCUCGAUCAGAACCCCAGCAAGCAUGGUGCUAUCCCUGGAGGUCUAAGCAUUGGGCCUCCAGCUAAGUCCUCCAUCGACGACUCCUACGGCCGGUACGAUUUAAUCCAGAACAGUGAGUCACCAGCCAGUCCUCCUGUAGCGGUUCCCCAUAGCUGGUCACGUGCCAAGUCUGACAGUGAUAAAAUCUCCAAUGGCUCCAGCAUCAACUGGCCCCCAGAAUUCCAUCCUGGAGUUCCAUGGAAAGGACUUCAGAAUAUAGACCCUGAGAACGACCCCGACGUCACUCCUGGAAGUGUCCCCACCGGACCCACCAUCAAUACCACCAUACAGGACGUCAACCGCUACCUCCUCAAGAGUGGAGGGUCCUCCCCCCCGACAUCCCAGAGUGCCGCGCUGCCUUCCUCGAGUGCCUGGCCGCUCAGUGCCUCCGGCUACGCUCGCUCCUUCAGCAGCAUCGCGCCCGCGCCCAGCAUUGCAGGUAAACUGUCAGACAUUAAAUCGACGUGGUCCUCUGGCCCUGCCUCCCACACGCAAGCCUCUCUGUCUCAUGAACUGUGGAAGGUGCCCAGAAACACUACUGCACCCACAAGACCACCUCCAGGGUUAACCAAUCCCAAGCCUUCCUCCACCUGGGGAGCCAGCCCCCUCGGCUGGACCAGCUCUUACUCCUCGGGUUCCGCGUGGAGCACUGACACCUCAGGACGGACAAGCAGCUGGCUCGUUCUCCGCAACCUCACGCCCCAGAUCGACGGCUCUACCCUGCGGACGCUGUGUUUGCAGCAUGGGCCUCUCAUCACAUUCCACCUGAACCUGACUCAAGGCAACGCCGUGGUCCGCUACAGCUCCAAGGAGGAAGCCGCCAAGGCCCAGAAGUCCCUGCACAUGUGUGUUCUGGGAAACACUACCAUCUUGGCUGAGUUUGCGGGCGAAGAAGAGGUGAACCGUUUCUUAGCCCAAGGCCAAGCGCUACCGCCCACCUCUGGCUGGCAGUCCAGCACCGGGACUGGCCAGACGCGGCUGGGCGCCUCGGGCAGCUCCCACGGCCUGGUGCGGAGCGACACUGGCCACUGGAGUGCCCCGUGUCUGGCCGGCAAAGGGAGCAGUGACCUGCUGUGGGGCGGGGUCCCCCAGUACUCGAGCAGCCUGUGGGGCCCACCUAGCAGUGACGAUGGCAGGGUGAUCGGAAGCCCCACCCCACUGAACACGCUGCUUCCCGGCGACCUUCUCAGUGGGGAAUCCAUCUAGGACCGAGAGGACCCCAUGGGCGCCACAAUCAUCAGCACUAGGAAGAAAAGGCUGACCCUUUCCAGUCCGGGCGGCGCUGAGGACCCCGCUUGACCUGAGCAGCCCGGCAGCCCUUUGAGUACCUCUGUCCAGUACUGAAGACGAACCCUGGCCGCAGUCCUUGUGAACUGUUCACGAGACAGUGCGGGCUGCGCUUGGUCAGUGUCACAUGCUAAUGACAGGAUGUUCCUCAUAGCUUUUUAUUUUGUGUUGUCUUAUGUUUGUAUGGUGUGUUGUUUUGAUUUUUUAAGUAUAAAAGCUGCUUAGAAUAGUUCUAUCAUGAAGGGCACUUUUCAGAUUGUGGGCUGGAAAGGGUUAUUUUAUCAAGGGGGGAGGGAGGGAGGGAGACGAGAAAGCCUAUUUAAAACGAGCCUGUGAUGAUUAUGCACAUUACCAGAGGCGGACCCCGUAAUCAGGGGGAGCUGGUGUCCAUCACUGGGCGCAGAGUGCGGGCUCCACGCGGCGGGCCUGGUGGCCGGGACCGACGAGCUGUGCAGAGGCAGCGACCUGCGGCCUGCUCUCUGCUCCCACGGGUCCGCCUAUGCACAUUACCCUUGUUUCAUUACUUUUUCAUGCCAUUUUUUUUAUCCCAAAAAAUAUUUUUUAAAAGUUAAAAAAAAAAAAAGACAUAUCAAACAUGCAAAUACUUGAAUCCAGCAGGCCAAUAAGGAAAUGUGAACACUUGCCGCGUCGAAUUCUACACUUCCAGGCUGACAUCAGUGCGCAGAAACAGGCUCUAGGAAACAUUUCUGAGUUCACAGCCUAUGUGUGUGUGUGUGUGUGUGUGUGUGUGUGUGUGUGUGUGUGUGUGUGUGUGUGGAAACAGAAGUGUGUGUGUACGCGUGUGCGUACUUUCUGUGUUUGUGUGUUCCGUGUGUGAGGGAUUUAACUGUGGGUUUUCCCUUUUAUUCAGUAUAUGCUUUUUUUUGGCGCAUUGGUCAAAUGUUUGUUACUAUUAUUAGCUUCUAACUUUGCACUGAGUGUCCCUGCCCUUCCUUUUGCUAAUCCUAUACAUGAAAGAGAAUUCAUGGGACAGGGCCGGUGACAAUUCAUGUGUAAAUGUUUACUCAAGGACUCUGUUAUUGCGUUUAAAAAUUACAGUGUAUAUCUCUGGAGAAAUAAUAUGUAUACCUACCUUUAGCAGCUUUUUAUUGUGGACUAAUGCAAGAAAAUAUUACCAGAGUAUUGCACCGUGUUUCCAUGUGGAAUAGAAAGUGAGAGAGAAGACAACUGUUGCAGAACUGUGGCCAUAGAUCCUCGCGGAGAGCGGACGGCUCCGCAGGAGGAACAGAGACAAGCACUUGGACGUGGGUGGUGACCGCUUUUGGAGGGGCCCGUGCUCAGGGCUCCCACCUGUUUACAGACCUUUUUUUCUCCUUCAGACUUUAAAAUAAAAAAAAAUUUUAAAAAGGAAUUAAAAAAAAAAAAAAAAAGAGACUUCCGUGGUAAAGAAACCUAUUUUCAGAAUGCAGAUACGCUACUUCAGAGCUCUGGGAUUGAACAGUGUCGUCGCUUCCCUCCGGCCAUCGUUGUGGGCUGUCGAUUAUCCCCCUUCGUCGAGGUGACGAGACGUCGUGGUCACUGUCUUGCACAUGCGGAUGCGCUCUCAGGAAAGCCAGGGUUCCCGAGGGGCAGCUCCACACCAUUUCAUGUAUUUUGUAACCCAACUCCUAGCACUGAAGAUGUUAUUAAAAAACAAACAAAAAAAAUAAAGAAAAAAAAGAAAAAAGGAAAAAAAACACAAAGAAGAAAAAUACCUAAUCUCUAAUGUGUAGCAGUUACAUAUUUACCAAAUAACGGACUCAAAAGAAAUAGAUGUUUGAAGAGUGCUUUAUAUAUUAAAAAUUGCUUUAUGUUUUAAAAAUGAUCAAUGUUUUGAUUGUUUUGCAAGAAAGACAGACAAUGGAGUAACAUACCCUCAAGUAUGUUUAAAAAUAUAUGAACAUUGUGCUCCCUGCCUGCUUGAUCAGGAAACUUGUGCAUUACAUUUUUUUUAAUUAGCUUUUUAAUGGUUUUAUCAAAACAAAACAAAAAAAAGAACAAAAAACAAAACAAAACAAAAAAAGAAGGUCCUGCAAAAUUGCAGUUCAACAAAAGCUGGUUUUAUAGAGGAUCAUGAACUAUGCACAAACUGGGUUCAAGACUUGUUUUCUCAAGUUGAGUCGUGUAUUUAGCUAAACAAACCUUCCUCAGAGUAAUAGCAUCUCAUUGCCAUUACAUGCGUUCUAUAUAUUUGAUGUAUAUAUGCUCACGUAUGUAUAUCAAAUAUAUGUGCGUGCGUGCGUGUGUGCGUGUGUGUGCACCAGACAGCUUCCCAUGCUGCCGCUUAGCAUCGAGUUGUAGAAAAACUGAUAUUUUAAAAUUGGGGAUGGAAGUAAAGACUCUGUUUUUGUUUUUUGUUGAUUUUUUUUUUUGACCUUUUCUUUUGAAUUAAAGAUGUCUGUAACUCUGAGAUUAAAAAACAAGUUUGUGGCUUUUAAUGUUUUUUCCUCAUAGAAUGUGAUCGUUGAAGAACAUGCACCGAAAGUUGCUUUCAAAAGUACAACGCUUUGUUGAAUCUUAAUAAAUUGCAAUUUUUUUCUUGGCUGUUCAAA